UACGCGUUAUUUUUCGAGGCGCAUAAAAAAAACGUCCAAAAAAUGUUUUAACUUUACUUUGCCUAUUAAAGUUCUUGCUGGAGGUGUUUUUUUUUCUCAUUAAACGAAUAAAACUACUAAAAAAAAUGGGGCUUAGAAUUUUUUUAAUAAUAAAAAAAAAAUAUGCAGAUGUUUAUUAGUCAAUUUUCUUUCAGGCCCAAAUAUUUGACCAUUUUAUGAAAAAAAAUACUUUCUUCGUGUCAAAUCAUACCAUUUAUGACGCUUCUCAAAGAACUUUUCAUAGCCUUUUACAUUUCAAAAUCAACGGUAAUAAAAAAAAAUAACAGGCAAAAAGCCUUAACACGGCUAAUGAACCGCACCUGAGCUUCUGGGAGUGACUCGUCAAAAUGGAUCAUCUGUGCAGCAAGCGAAUUGUCAAAGGUCGGGAGAUGCCUGUCACUCAAAGUCGGCGACAGGUAUAAAUGCCUUGCUCGCUGGAGCGCUGCGUCACUCGUCUUCUGUCUCUUCUUGGGUAUCCGCCUCAGUGUUUGUGCCUUGCAUCUCCGCGAGAAGGGAGCGUCGAAGAAUCAGGGCUCGCGCACGCAGCAAUGAACCCUUGCCAGCUUUUUGCAUCGUUGGUGAUGUCCAUGUGCUGUCACGUACUGUCGACAACAGCAUGGUCAGUGAAUAACUUCCUGAUGACAGGACCAAAGGCUUACCUCACAUACACCAGCAGUGUGCAGGCUGGGGCUCAGAGUGGCAUUGAAGAGUGUAAGCAUCAGUUCGCGUGGGACAGGUGGAACUGCCCGGAAAGCGCGCUGCAGUUAUCCACACAUAACGGUCUGCGAAGUGCCAGCAGAGAGACAGCUUUCGUGCAUGCCAUAAGUGCUGCUGGAGUUAUGUACACUUUGACAAAGAACUGCAGCAUGGGGGACUUCGAUAACUGUGGCUGUGACGACUCCAAGAUAGGAAAAAUGGGUGGUCGCGGUUGGGUUUGGGGAGGCUGCAGUGACAAUGUUGACUUUGGAGAAAGAAUUGCUAAACAAUUCGUGGACGCGCUGGAAAAUGGUCACGACUCGCGCGCUGCAGUCAACCUGCACAACAACGAAGCUGGUCGACUCGCUGUCAAAGCGACUCUCAAAAGGACCUGUAAGUGUCACGGUGUGUCCGGAAGCUGCAGUAUUCAGACAUGCUGGAUGCAACUGGCCGAUUUCAGAGAAAUCGGUACCUAUCUGAAGAUCAAGCACGAUCAAGCAAAGAAGCUGGAGAUGGACAAAAUUCGGAUGAGGGCCGGUAACAGCGCGGACAACCGCGGCGCAAUCGCGGACACGUUCAGCACCGUUGCGCGCACGGAACUCAUUUACAUGGAAGAUUCUCCAGACUACUGCGUGAAAAACCUCAGCCUGGGACUACACGGAACGGAAGGCAGGGAAUGCCUGCAAAGCGGAAAGAAUCUUUCCCAGUGGGAGAAGAGAAGCUGCAGGCGGCUCUGCCACGAGUGUGGUCUGAAAGUUGAAGAGAGGAGGAUAGAGACUGUGAGCAGCUGCAACUGUAAAUUUCACUGGUGUUGCACGGUCAAAUGUGACACAUGCACUCAGACUGUGACCAAGUAUUUUUGCGCGAAAAGGCACAAAAACCGCCGGCCGCACAACAAUUCGCGAAGAAGACAGAACGCGCGUAACAGAUGAACUCGUGCUUGCAAAAAUAUUAAGUUGUGUAUAUUUCCAAUGUAAAUAUAUUUUAUAUGAGAUUUUAAGCGUUUCUCUUGCUGCAUAUUAUUCUGCACAUUGCUAUAAGGAUUCAAACCCCUAUAUUAGACGCAAGGGCUUUUUCGUUCCCACUGUCAAUUGAAUUGAUCACGUACUGAGUUCUGAUUUCUAAUAAGUUUAUUGUUUGCACUUUUCGCCAUUGGAACACGGAUUUAUUUACUUACUGUUACGUUGAAAGAUUGUUUUGAAUAUUUGCACCAUCUUUUUUUUUUUUUCCUCUCGCACAGAUCACUUGACAGUGUGCGAUGUUUCACAAGGAGCUUGAAUUGUUGUGUUUUUAUGGAACUUAUUUAAGGCAAUUAUUUUUUAACUAUCACAUUGUGUUUAUAUAUAUAUACAUAUAUAUAUUAAAAUGACUUAUUUUGUCG